GAGGGACAGGAGCGUUUGCUGUUAGCUAGCUGGAAGCUAGGCGAGCUGCAGGUCUUCGGCACCGGCGACCUGCUGAGGUUAGAUGGACUCACCUGAGUUUCUUUCAACAAAAGACUGAAGUAGGCAAACAGGCCAUUCGGGAAAAGUCUGUUUAAAUCAGGUAUUUUCUACGAUGCCAGCAGACAGAUAGGAGGGGGCAUGGGUGACUUUGGUCCAGCAGAGCUGGUCGCGGGCCUCUGUCAUACAGACGAGCAGAAUCCAUUCCCCCUGUGGCAGAAUGGACACGUCAGCCCCUGUUUUAACCAGCUCGUCCUUGGAGCCCUCCCUCAUGCUGGGAUGGCAGUUUUCAGUGCCUGCUACCUGAGCAUGGCGAGGUGCAGCUUCCUCCAGACGUCUCCUCCCUGUGGUUGGACACUCAGGCUGGCGUCAGCUCUGCUGGCUGCGCUGCUCUUCACCGCGGAUGUCGUCCUGGUGAGCGUGCUCCAGCAGGGGGACAUGUACCUGGAUCUUCUAACUGACGGCUGUGCCAUCCUGGCCUGGCUGGUCCACUUCAGUGCCAUAGCAGUGCUCCAGAAAACUGCUUUCAGGAGGACUAGAGGACCUCCGCUGCUGCUGCUGCUCGUUCUUCUGUCAGUCCCCAACCUUGUCAUCACCUUGAUGAUCUACUGUGAAACUGAAGGAUAUUUAAACUUUACACAACCUCUUAAACUGGCGAGAUUUGUCCUCGCCUCCUUCCGGACGCUCCCUCUUCUCGUUUACCUCCUGGCCUUUGUGUUUCCCUGCAUCAGUGAUGCUGGCUACACGUUGUAUAUUAAUGCUAUAGAUGGAUCCCCACUCAUCCCAGAGAGCGCCCAGCCAGAUACAGGUGAGAUGGUGGCCGAGGACGGGAGUGGCUGCACCUCUCGACUCUUUUACCUGUGGCUGACUCCUCUCCUCAGACGAGGGCAGCGAGGUGAGCUGAACAGACCAGCUGAUGUUUAUCAUCUUCCUCGGAAACUCCGGACUAGUGUGGUUUGUCGAUACUUCCACCACUGCUGGGAAGCCUGCCGACGAGGGACGGCAGUCAGCAGGAGGCAGGAUCAGUGGCCCAGGCCGGUCAGCAGAAACCUCCUCAACGGCACAUGGAGUUCACACUACCUGGAGGAACCACUGGAGCUGGAGGGUGACGUAGGACUGCUGAGGGUGCUGCACACGGCCUUUGGGUUGCGGUAUUACAUGCUCGGUGUGCUGAAGGUGAUGGUCAACAUGCUGAGCUUUGCAGGUCCCCUGCUCCUCAACAUUCUGGUGAACUUUAUGGAGGAAGAAGGGGCCCCGGUUAGCAGAGGUGCCUGGUGCACACUGGGACUCUUUGCCACCACCUUUCUUUCUUCCGUGCUCCAAAACAUCUUCCUCUUUGAGGUCUCCAAGGUGGCGCUGUCGGCACGCACCGCCCUCGUGUCCGCCAUCUAUGGCAAAGCCCUGCGGCUCAGUGGCAGCAGCCUGGCCGGCUUCACUCUGGGAGAGGUGGUGAAUUUAAUGAGCACGGACACCGACCGCGUGGUCAACUUCUUCAGCAGCUUCCAUGAGCUGUGGAGCCUGCCCUUCCGCUUUUCUAUCACCCUCUACUUGCUGUAUCUGCAGGUGGGCGUGGCUUUCCUCGGAGGGCUGGGCGUCGCCCUGCUGCUGGUCCCAUUCAACAAGUUCCUCGCUUCCCGUAUCCUUAGCAACAACAAGCACAUGCUCAGGUACAAGGACAGCCGUGUUAAGCUCAUGACAGAGAUCCUCUUCGGGAUUCGCGUCAUCAAGUUCUACAACUGGGAGCCUCACUUCACCCAGAAGGUGGCCGACUGUCGUAAGCAAGAGCUGGCCCACCUCAAGGCCAUCAAAUACCUGGAUGCCAUGUGUGUGUACACCUGGGCUGCGCUGCCUGUGGUCAUCUCCAUCCUCACCUUCGUGACGUACGUGAUGCUGGGGAACCAGCUGACUGCACCCAAGGUGUUCACCACGCUGGCUCUGGUGGGGAUGUUGAUCAUCCCACUCAACGCUUUCCCAUGGGUCCUCAACGGCAUCCUGGAAGCCAAAGUGUCUCUGGAGCGGAUCCAGCGCUUCUUCAAACUGACCAACCAGGAUCUGCAGGCGUACUACGCCCUGGUGUCUCCUGAAGACAGUCAGACAUCAGUCCUGUUGAGCCAGGGGACAUUUUCCUGGCAGGGGCCCGGCGGUCCUGACCAGAACACAGAGGGAGAAGCUGAAACUGGAGCUACUAAAGGGAGUCUGCAGCUGCACAGUCUCAAUCUGCACAUAACCAAGGGCUCUCUGGUUGUGGUGGUUGGGAAGGUCGGCUGUGGAAAGAGUUCCUUACUGGCUGCUCUCACAGGAGAACUCAACAGGCUGAGUGGAGUGGUUUAUGUUGCAGACAGAGAGGCUGGCUUCGGUCUGGCCUCUCAGGAGCCGUGGAUCCAGCAUGCAUCAGUGCGGGAAAACAUCCUGUUUGGCAAAGACUACGAUCCCACCUUCUACCAGGCUGUGAUCGAGGCCUGUGCUCUGUCAGAUGACCUCAACGUUUUGCCAAAUGGUGACAAGACAGAAGUGGGAGAGAACGGAGUGACUCUGAGCGGAGGACAGAAGGCUCGGCUGGCCCUCGCCAGAGCUGUUUACAUGAACAAAGACAUCUACCUCCUCGAUGAUCCUUUAGCAGCGGUCGACACAGACGUCGCUGAACAUCUCAUGAAGAAAUGCAUCAUGGAACUCCUCAGGGGAAAGACCAGAAUCCUUUGCACACACCGUAUAGAGUUUGUGGACAAGGCUGACGUGGUGGUCCUCAUGGAUGAUGGAACAAUAGUGAAAACAGGUAGCCCAGCAGAAAUCCUUCCUUUGGUGGAGGCAGUGCCGAAGAAGCGGAAAGAUGACCGCAACAUGAAGGAGAAAGAUGGUGCGGAGCGGGAUGAGGAUGAGCCGGGCUCACCCCCUGAUCUGUGUGCGGAUGAUGAUCCUGACCUGCUGGGGGCGGAGCAGAAGCAGGCGGGCGGGCUGGCGUGGAAAGUUUACCAGACCUACUGGGUGGCUGUGGGCAGAGUGCUGGCCCCCGCCAUCCUCAUGUCUCUGCUCCUCAUGCAAGCCUCUAAGAACAUUUCGGACUGGUGGCUGUCCCACUGGAUCUCUGAGCUGAAAAACAACGGGUCCACCAGGCCGAAUGGUUCUUCUCCAGGUGCAAUCAGCUCACCUCACCUGCUGCUCUUCUCACCUGGAGGAUUAAUGUCUCCUCUGUCCUCUGUGCAAACGUUCCCUUCAAGCAACAUGAGCUCUGAUGUCAGGUUUUACCUGAUGGUGUACAGCUCCAUUGCUGCGGCCAACACCGUCUUCACUGCCCUCCGAGCCUUCCUCUUCGCCUACGGAGCCAUCUGCGCCGCCACGGCCAUCCACAGCAGACUUCUGGAUCGGGUCCUUAAGGCCACAGUGACCUUCUUCGACACCACCCCUCUGGGUCGCGUACUGAACCGUUUCUCCUCAGACCUGUACACUGUAGACGACAGCCUGCCGUUCAUCCUGAACAUCCUGCUCGCCAACGUUUUCGGCCUGAUGGGCAUGCUGGUGGUGAUAAGCUACGGUCUCCCCUGGGUCCUGGUGCCCCUGCUGCCCCUGGCCCUGCUUUACCACCGCACGCAGCUCUUCUACCGGCACACCUCUCGGGAGCUGAAGCGCCUGUGCAGCCUCACGCUGUCGCCCGUUUACUCGCACUUCUCCGAGACUCUGACCGGGCUGGGAACCAUCCGGGCCAGCGGCAGCUCUGCCAGGUUUGAGGAGGAGAGCGCUAAGCGUCUGGAGCAGAACCAACGCUGCCUGUUCCUUAGCAACGCCGCCAUGCAGUGGCUCAACAUCCGCCUGCAGCUGAUUGGAGUAUCCGUGGUGACGGGCCUCGGGGUGAUCGCCGUCGUCCAGCACCAGUUUCAUUCUGUUGAUCCAGGUCUGGUGGGUCUGUCCCUGUCCUACGCUCUGUCCAUCACCACCCUGCUGUCUGGCCUCAUAUUCAGCUUCACUCAGACUGAGAUGCAGCUGGUGAGCGUGGAGCGAACUGAGGAGUACUCCACCAGCCUGCCCACCGAGCCACAGCAGCAGAACACGCAGCUGCCCCCCGCGUGGCCCGAGCGGGGCUGCUUGGAGUUUCGUGGGGUGGUUUUGGCGUACAGGGACGGUCUCCCUAACGCCCUGGACGGGGUGAGCCUGGUGGUGCGAGCUGGGGAGAAAGUGGGCAUCGUGGGACGUACAGGCUCUGGAAAGUCCACCCUGUUCCUGGCCCUGUUCCGUAUGGUGGAAGUCAACCAGGGUCAGAUUCUCCUGGACGGGCUGGAUAUCAGCACAGUGGGCCUGGGUCAGCUCAGGUCCAGGCUGGCCAUUAUUCCUCAGGACCCCUUCCUAUUCAGCGGGACCAUCAGGGAGAAUCUGGACCCGUGUGGGCGACACCCAGACCAGCAGCUGCUGGACGUCCUGGACCAGUGCCACCUCAGCUCUGUGGUCAACAGGAUGGGUGGUCUGGAUGCCGAGGCUGGAGAAAGAGGAAAAUCCUUCUCCGUGGGACAGAGACAGCUGCUGUGUCUGGCCCGAGCUCUGCUGACCCAGGCCAAGGUCCUGUGUAUCGAUGAAGCCACAGCCAGCGUGGAUCAGAAGACGGACAAACUGCUGCAGCAGACCAUCAGAGAGACGUUUCAGGACAAGACUGUCCUCACCAUCGCCCACAGGAUCAACACCAUCAUGGACAGUGACCGGGUGCUGGUGAUGCAGGGUGGGAAGGUGGUGGAGUUUGACAGCCCGGCUGCUCUCUGCCAAAGUGAUCAGUCCAUCUUCCACAGGCUGGUUGGUGGGAGAGGACAGUGAGACGACUGAAAGACACUGAGGGGAGGGAAUUUUUUUCCAAAAUCUGAAGAUAUAUUUUUAUACUUCUUCCUGGAAAAGUUUGCUGAGAACGUAUCCUUCAUCACAUUCUUAAACCAUGGUCUGAGAAGGGAUCUUUUAUUUUGUUCUGACAUUUAGUUUCUUCCCUUAAACGAUUUUUAGCUGCUUGAUUAAACUGCGUUUGUUUUGCAUAAAUGAACUGACUGUUACUACGAGCAGGUAACUGGCAGCAGGUCUUACAUAUACCUCUCUACACUCAGCCAGUCUGGGGCCUGCUGUUUCGCACGCUCCUGUAAUCUCUCCUUGGUGGUUUAAGGGGAACAGUUUUUGAAUGUUUUGGAAAUGACUUCAAAUGUGAAAAGGACGAAAUAUAAACGUGUCCCCUCUGUCACAUGGUGGGAAGCAGUGGGACCGUCUCCACUAAAUCCCAGACUGUGGAAAUCAGUUCAGUUGAGGAAACAUUUAUCUAAAAGCCCCAGCUUCUGUUUUCUACGUUCUCUGUUUACACUGUGCUCUGUGGACAGAUGAAUGAGACAUCAGUGUGACAGAGCAGCCUAAUCCUAAUUUGAAUGAGUGAUCUGUGUGUCAGUAAUCUGUCAUCUCAAACUGGCUCCUUUAAAGUGCGAGAAAACCCAGAAAGCAUUUGAUUUUUUUUAGAGUCUUAACAGGUUUUUACCACACACUCUGAGACUCUGCAGUUUGAUUUUAAUUUUUGAUGAAAAGCACAUUAUCUGCACUUUGUAUGUUGAGAGUUAAAUGGUUUAUUAUUAUCAGAAUAUAAAGUGAAACAUAAGCUCAGAGGUCACUGAUGAUUGACGGAUUCUCUUCUGAAUUUCCUGCUUUAUUUUCAAACCUUGAUGUUUUCUUUGCCAUAUAAAUGUUUUUCUUACCUCUUUUAUCAAAACCCAAAUACAAGAAACUCGAAACUCGAGGUCUGAUUUUUAUAACCAGAAGGAGCAAGUUUAAUUAAGUAGUGAUGAAGAGGAUUCACUCUUCAACCUUCAGCCUGUGCUGUGUUUGUCUUCUUUCUUCUCUUUUUACCUUCUGUUACUGACGUGACAUAUUUUUCCAAACUUUUGUCAACAUCAAAAUGUUCAAACUUCUGUAAAAACACUGAUUUUUUUUAUUUUUUAUUUUUUAAGAGAAGCUCAAUUACUUGAUUCAGCUUAACUGAACACCUCGUUUGUUUUAUCACCCUGACUGUUUCAUACUGUACUGGGAUGUUUUACAAACAUGAUCUGCAACUAACAACAUUUUUAUCACCAGUUAGUCUGUGGAUUAUUUUCUUGAUCACAGUGAAAAUGCCCAUCACAGGAUCCCAGAGCAGGAGACGUCACUGAAUGUCUUCUUUGUCUGAUCAAUUGUCCAAAUGAUAAAAAAAAUGCCUGUAAGACAAAGAAAAGCACAAGAUUUUCACUUUUCAGAACCCAGAAUCAUGUUUUAGGCAGUUUCACUUGAAAAAUCACGAUUCAUGGAUCAAACAAGUUCAUUUUAUUUCGACUGAUUAAUCAAAUAAUUGUUGCAGCUCUGAUGUUAACUUUGAAUUUAAUUAUUUAAAUUCAAAUGUUGAUUGAAAGGAAAAAAAUGUUUUAUUGAUUUCACUACUGGUGUUGUUACAUGCAGUGUUAUCAUACUGAAUAACUCUGUGUGUGCAUUGUGAUAUUUUAUGUGAUAUAUUUGACAUAAAAUAGUACUUUAAGAAGGAUUUUGGUCUUGUCAAUAAAGUACUUUGUAAUUAAAGAAAACAUUAGUAAUGAAAUUAUAAUGAUAAUAAACUUCUU